AUGGAUAAAGGAAUGAGCAAUCUCCUACAAUGGUCAAUUGAGAACUCUGCCAACGCCCAACCACAACAACAACAAUCGCAAUCUCAAACUCGUGAACCAAGCAACCUCUCCCAAGAUGCCCUUCGCGCCCUCAUGGGCGGCCCCUCAGACGCCGACCUCAUGAAAGAAUCUAUGACCGUCAUCCUCCACCCCGAAGCAGAACUCUCCGCCAAACUCGUCGCCUUCGACAACUUCGAACAACUCAUCGAACAACUCGACAACGCCAAUAACAUGGAGCCCCUGGGUCUCUGGCAACCGCUCAUGUCGCAACUUGACAGUAAAACGCCUGAAAUGCGGAAGAUGGCGGCCUGGUGUGUUGGUACGGCGGUGCAGAACAACGAGAAGUGUCAGCAGCACCUGUUGAAGAUUGGUGGUGUGACCAAGGUGGCUGAGCUGGCUGUUAGUGAUACUGAUGGGGCUGCGAGACGCAAGGCAGUGUAUGCGUUGAGCUCAAGUGUGAGGAAUUUUCAGCCUGCGAUGAAUGAAGCGAUGAAGACAUUGCCCAAGAACGUUACGGGGCCGGAUCAUGUUAAUGCCACGGAUAUGGAUGUGAUUGAUGCCAUCAUGUCCAAGUUAAGGGACGAAUAG